AGCUCGAUCCGGAUCGGUGGCUUCGCCAUGCAGCUGCACCUGUGGUUGCUCGGCUGGAGCUUUGUUUGGCUACCUAGCCGAGCAGUGGAAUGCAAUGAGAUCGACUCCUGCACCGAGUGCUUCCGAAGUGGCUGCUUCGGAUGGUUUGGAACUGAAUGCUGCUCCAAAGAGCACUGUCUUAUGGCAGCACAAGGGGACCGAAACUUCUUUACCUCCUGCUACGAGUGGAAGCAGCAUGAGGAUCUAUCACAGAUUUGCUCGGCCAUCCACGAUGAUCCUUGUGCUUGUUUGGAGGCCGGCUGUGUGGCGCAGGAAGUCUCAAUGGGAUCCACUGCCUGCUUUGCAGCCUAUCAACCUGCAGCUGGACGACAGAUCUUUGCUGCAGACCUGGCGUCCGAGUGUGAGGCUCCCUUUGGCGAGGCUGUCCUGCCUUAGGCCUGAGUGAUGCUGUGCACAAGUCAUGGCAAGCUGAGUUCAAUACCGUAGCGGUGGGAUCGGAUGCGGUGUUGCGUUUGGCUGUCUCAGGGCGUCCUUUUAUCCUAGGUCCC